GACCCCCCAAAAACCAAAAGGGAAAGCAAAGCAGCUGCAGCUGCUCGCCUGCUCCUCCAGUUCUCUCCUCAGCCCCUCCCCCUCUUCUUCUUCCUCCUCCUGCUCCUGUCCCAGAUCCCACGCCCCCAGCAUCAGAUCAGGGAUCGGCGCGCGCGGCAGCCGGUCGGGCAGGCGCCACCUCCAUUGCCCGUGCCGUGACUCCUGCGAUGCGAGCAGGAGGAACAGCGAGGGAGGAGGGAGCGCGCGCGGGUAGGAGAGAUUAGAGAAGGGAGGAGCCCGGCCCGGGGGAAGGGGAGGGACCUCCUCCCCCAGAUGAGAACGAUGAAGGCGCAGCACAGCAACGGGAGGGGCAGGAGCCCCUUCCUCACGUCCUACGCCCUCACGCUCGCCUUCAUCACCUUCGUCUCCGUGCUCUACUUCAAGGACUUCUCCUCCACGCUGCACCAGCCGUUCCUCCACCGCCCCCCGUCCCACCGCCGCGGCCAGAUCAGCCGCCCCCUCCGCCCCGCCCACCAUGGCGGCGGCGGCGGCGACGUAAGUGAGCUAAGCUCGGCCGAGCACCGCGCGGCCGCAGCGCAGCUGCCGUUCGCGGUGGGCGCGGCGCCGGCGGGGUGCGACGUCGGGCGGGGCGAGUGGGUGUACGACGAGGCGGCGCGGCCGUGGUACCAGGAGGAGGAGUGCCCCUACAUCCAGCCGCAGCUCACUUGCCAGGCGCACGGCCGCCCCGACAAGGCCUACCAGCACUGGCGGUGGCAGCCGCGCGGGUGCUCGCUGCCCAGCUUCAACGCAACUCUAAUGCUAGAGAUGCUACGGGGCAAGCGCAUGCUUUUUGUUGGAGAUUCCUUGAACCGGGGACAAUACGUAUCUCUGGUUUGCCUACUGCAUCGACUCAUCCCGGAUAGCUCCAAGUCCAUGGAAACAUUUGAUUCCCUCACAGUUUUCAGAGCAAAGGAUUAUAAUGCCACCAUUGAGUUCUACUGGGCUCCCUUUCUGGCUGAGUCAAAUUCUGAUGACGCUGUUGUGCACCGUAUUGCUGAUCGAAUUGUAAGAGGAACAUCUAUUGAGAAACAUGCAAAAUUUUGGAAGGGGGCUGACAUUUUGGUAUUCAAUACCUACCUUUGGUGGAUGACUGGACAGAAGAUGAAAAUUCUGCAAAACUCUUUUGAAGAUAAAAACAAGGACAUCAUAGAAAUGGAAACAGAGGAUGCCUAUGGAAUGGUACUGAAGGCUGUGCUGAAAUGGGUUGAGAGCAACAUGGACCCUAAAACUUCAAGAGUGUUUUUUGUUACUAUGUCACCCACUCACACCAGGAGCAAAGAUUGGGGCGAAGAUACUGAUGGGAACUGUUACAACCAGACAACUCCUAUCAAGGAUUUGUCUUACUGGGGACCAGGCACCAGCAAAGGGCUGAUGCGCGUCAUCGGGGAAGUGUUCGGCACGUCUAAGAUCCCUGUUGGGGUUGUGAACAUCACCCAGCUCUCUGAAUACAGGAAGGACGCGCACACUCAGGUAUACAAGAAGCAGUGGAACCCGCUAACCCCGGAGCAGAUCGCGAACCCGAAGAGCUACGCUGAUUGCACGCAUUGGUGCCUUCCAGGACUCCAGGACACGUGGAACGAGCUGCUCUACUCCAAGCUCUUUUUCCCCUGAGCUAAGGUUGGGCAUCUCUGAGGUUUUGGUGAUACCUACUAUUUCCCAGUUGAUGAAUGGCGAGUGAACAUAAGUUGCUGAACUGCACGAUCAAGCUGGAACUGGGAGCAUAACAUAUAUCAUCUGGGAGGCUCGCUGGUAUGCUGGAGAAUAGUUAGCUUGACAUCAUAUAGGUCCAACAUUCUGAGGAACACGCACGGUACACGAGAGAUGGAAGCUCUGCCUUAGUUCAUGUAAGGCCACUUGUCUAUACUUUGUUGGCGAACCUUCCACGCGGCGUGGCGUGUUGAUGUGUAAUUCAUUUAUUGAACAUGAGUGCUGAAGUUGCACCAGGUGACCGUUUAUAUACGCUUCUAGUCAUAUGAAGUUAUCUUAA